AUGUCUAUACAGGUUCGCGGCUAUAAUCUCUUCAGCAAAAGAUAUGAGGAUCCAUUUGCAAAUUAUAAUAAUCAGUCUUUUCUUACUGAUGAGGUCGUUCACCAAACCAAAGAAAUCCAUGAAAAAGUUGUUGCAAAAAAAAUAGAAAUUAUUCCCUUGUCUUCCUUUAAUACAACCAAUUGGCAAGCAUUUCUCUCAAAACUGACGUCAAAAUGGAUUGUUAAUGACUCAUUAGAUGAAACUGCUGACAUUGAGAAAUAUGUUUGGAGUGAUUAUCCUGAAAGUCAUGAAACACAACGUAAAAAUUAUAUGUCUUAUCUCAAAAGGCAUGUCAACUUAUUACCACAAAUUUCAAUCCUUGACGUUACAACAAAUAAGAUGCUUCUUCAAUUAUGUAAUGACUCUCGUUUACCAUUUAAUUUAUCUGGUGGCACGGACGUUAUUUUGUUUGAGACUACAGCUGAAAUUCCUCCCCAAACUGGAAUUCGAAGUGUAAUUGAAUUGGUAAGGGUAUAUUUAUAUUGA